AUGCCAGCCCUGAGAUCUUCUUGUGGCCGAGGGAUGGAGCCAUUGAGAUCUCCUUGUUGCCGUUGGCUAGAGCUAGUUCUUGGACUGGGUUCAUGGGCUUGGCCCCUCUCGGGCACGGUGCUCGAGGACGAGUUCGCCCUAAAGACCAAGGCCAAGUUUCUCCGAGAUGAAUCGCAGCUGUUGCUCUGCCUCCGCCAGCCUCGCCAUCCUGACCGAAGAGCUAUGCCCCUGAAGAAACGCUCAGCCUCAUCUUUCGUCGGAUCUGGAAAUUUGGUAAGUAACUCUCGCUGCAUCUCUCUCACACCUCUUCAGAAACCUCCAUCGAUCUGCUGCAUCUCUCCCAUACCUCAAGAGAAACCUCCAACGACGAUGUUAAUGGCUAUGAGCUCUCUCUCCUUUGUGUAUGGACCCAUGUCGGAGUCGCCAAAUGUAAGAGAGUCUCGCUCGUCUCGAGCAAUUGAGAAAUUGUUUGACCCUAUUCAACCUCCAAUGGCUCCAGAACCGCCAGUCCCGCCGGAUCCACCGGAUAUGGUGGUCCCGUCGACUGACGCUUGA